AUGGCAACGUAUGUCCCUUCUCUUGUGUUGGAGCUUCUUGGGAUUGCCUUGCCCGAAUUGUCCAUGAUUCUCAUGAAAAAUGAUCUGUAUCCCGUCCUUUUUGUGACCGAUCCCUCCACCACUUGUGUGCUCAACAUUCAUUACCAUCCCACGCCCCUGACUCCCAGCAUUCGCGCGGGGCUCCGCAAGCAAACGGGCUUGACAAUAUGGUUGACUGGCUUGUCCGCUAGUGGAAAAUCAACAAUUGCGGUGGCCCUGGAACAAGCACUCCUCCGCAAACCCUACAGCAAAGGUGCCUAUCGGCUCGAUGGCGACAACAUUCGCUUCGGCUUGAACAAGGACCUUGGAUUUUCCCCCAAGGACCGCGAGGAAAAUAUUCGCCGCAUCGCUGAAGUCGCCAAGUUGUUUGCGGAUUCUUGCACCAUCGCCAUCACCAGUUUCAUCAGCCCCUACCGAGCGGAUCGUGACUUGGCACGUCAACUUCACGAGGCUGAGCGGCCUGGUGGUGAACCUGGCGUUCCGUUUGUCGAGGUCUGGAUCGAUGUCCCAGUCGAAGUGGCCGAGCAGAGAGAUCCGAAGGGGUUGUACAAGAAGGCACGCGAAGGCAAGAUCCCUGAAUUCACCGGAAUCAGUGCUCCGUAUGAGGAACCGUUGAAGCCCGAAGUGCAUAUCCACUCCGACAAGACCAGCGUGGAGGACUCGGUCAAGAUCAUCGUCAAGUAUCUUGAGGAGAAGGGUUAUCUAGCCGAGCCAGCUGCUGCGGCUGAUGAGGACUAA